CAUUAUAAGCAUAUGUUCCAGCUUUUUGUUUCUUGAACAAGAAUGGCAUCUCUCUUGUACCUUAAUCCAUGCAAUCAAAACCAGACAUGUAAUAAAAUUCCUCACCCUGGAGCUAAAAAAGCCAGUAUGAGAAGCUAUUUUGUUAGAUGUGAAGGUGGUAAUGAUGAUCUAAAGUCAGAUGAAAAGAACAGUGAAGGAAGAAAGAGACUUAAGAUUCUGAUAGCAGGUGGGGGCAUAGGGGGGCUAGUCUUGGCUCUGGCUGCAAAGCAUAGAGGGUUUGAAGUAAAGGUUUUUGAGAAGGAUUUGAGUGCGGUGAGAGGGGAGGGUAGGCAUCGUGGCCCUAUUCAACUCUUAAGUAGUGCUUUGGCCGUGUUGCAAGAGAUAGAUGAGAAUGUUGCUGAGCAAAUUAUGAAAGCAGGUUGUGUUACUGGCAAUAGGAUCAAUGGCCUCGCAGAUGGUGUCUCUGGUGAAUGGUUUACUAAGUUUGACCUUUCUACUCCUGCUGUAAGGAGGGGACUUCCUAUUACUCAAGUAAUAUGUAGGAUGGAAUUGCAAGACAUCUUAAUCAAUGCAGUUGGGUCUGAAAUUGUGAGAAACAAGUCUAAAGUUGUGGACUUCAUGGAAGACCCCAACAAGGUAACAGCUAUACUUCAAGAUGGACAGCAGUAUGAUGGAGACAUAUUAGUUGGAGCUGAUGGAAUUUGGUCAAUAGUGCGUUCAAAAUUGUUUGGGGAGCAGGAAGCAAAUUAUUCAAGUUAUACAUGCUAUAGUGGACUAACUAACUUUGUGCCACCAUAUAUCGAUAUUGUUGGGUAUCGGGUGUUCCUAGGAUUGAAUCAGUACUUUGUUGCUUCAGAUGUUGGGAAUGGGAAAAUGCAAUGGUAUGCCUUCCAUAAGGAACCCCAAAGAAAUACCGAUCCUCCCAAAGGUAAAAAGAAGAGGCUUCUGGAGCUGUUCAGAAACUGGUGUAAUGAAGUGAUUACUUUAAUCAGGGAAACACCUGAGCACAUGAUUUUGCGGAGAGACAUCUACGACAGAGACAUGAUCUACAGCUGGGGAAAUGGACGAGUUACCCUGUUAGGUGAUGCUGCUCAUCCUAUGCAGCCUAAUUUCGGCCAAGGGGGUUGCAUGGCAAUUGAGGACUGUUACCAGCUUAUACUUGAGCUUGAUAAGUUGGCCAAAAGUGGCUCAGAUGUUCAACAGUCUUAUGAAACUGCCUCAACACUUAGAAGCUACGAGAAGAAAAGAAUGUUCCGUAUUAGCACAGUGCAUGCAGCUAGCAGAAUGGCAUCAAAAAUGAUUGACACUUAUCAACCUUACAUGGAAUUUUCACCCGGCCCUCUGUCUCAUCUAUCAACACUAAGGAUUAAACAUCCUUCAAUUCAUGUAGCUCGUGCACUUUUGCAGUUCUGUUUGCCACACUUCCUGACUUGGAUGAUAGCAGGACAUGGGUUCCACAUAAAGAGGAAAAGAAGUGCAUGAACAAAUACAACAAACUUAGAGCAGUUUCAUUAGUGAUCACAACACCUUAAUUUUGUGCAAAAUAUGUUAUUCAAUGGUGAUGUCCAGAGAUGAUGGAGAAGACUUGAACAAGAAGUCAUGGAGACUAUCACAAACUGCAGACCAUAUAACAGUAUUCUGCAGAAUUUUUCAUAUCGUUAGGCUAACGUUUAUGUUGUUGAAACAAAUAUGAUACCUAUAUGCAGAAUGGGGGGAAGUGUGGGAAAAUGAUUAGAUGGGUUAAUUUCUGAUAAACGCCAAACUCUCCAAUGCUAGAUUCCUUAAGACCCAGAAGUUACAUGUACUUUAAUCUCUAUGAUUUGUAUUUUCACUAUUUUGUAGAUUGGACAUUUCCAAUGGGACCAUCGCAUUAGCAAGAGACAUGAAUUCUGCAGA